CCGAGUUUGCGUCAGGCAGGGAGCUGCGGGCAAGAUGGCGGCGUCCGUACGGGAGAAACAGAUUGCUGCUCUAAAACGAAUGUUAAACUUCAAUGUCAUUCCAGUUAAAAACAGCACCACAGAACCAGUAUGGAAGAUUCUGAUCUACGACCGAUUUGGUCAAGACAUCAUUUCACCGUUACUCUCUGUGAAAGAAUUGAGAGAUAUGGGCAUCACUUUACACCUGCUAUUGCACUCUGACAGAGAUCCUAUUCCAGAUGUUCCAGCAAUUUAUUUUAUAAUGCCAACAGAAGAAAAUGUUGACAGAGUAUGCCAGGAUCUUCGGAACCAACUUUAUGAGUCCUAUUACUUAAAUUUCAUCUCAGCAAUUUCAAGGGGUAAACUUGAAGACAUUGCCAGUGCAGCUCUGAGUACAAACGCAGUAGCCCAAGUUGCCAAGUUAUUUGAUCAGUAUUUAAACUUUAUCACUUUGGAAGAUGACAUGUUUGUACUGUGCAAUCAGAACAAACAGCUGAUCUCAUAUCAUGCAAUCAAUCGACCUGAUAUCACUGAUACAGAAAUGGAAAUAAUUAUGGACACUCUGGUGGAUAGCCUUUUCUGUUUUUUUGUCACAAUGGGUGCUGUUCCAAUCAUACGAUGCCCUCGAGGAAAUGCAGCUGAAAUGGUAGCAGUGAAAUUAGAUAAGAAACUGCGAGAAAAUCUACGAGAUGCCAGAAAUAGUCUCUUCACAGGUGAUAAUCUUAGUGGAGGACAAUUCAGUUUCCAAAGACCAUUAUUAGUCCUUGUGGACAGGAAUAUAGAUUUAGCAACUCCAUUGCAUCAUACAUGGACGUACCAAGCCCUGGUUCAUGAUGUGCUGGACUUUCAUCUGAAUAGAGUAAACUUGGAAGAGACUCCAGGAGUAGAAAAUUCUUCUGCAGGGGCAAGACCAAAGAAAAAAACUAAAAAAACUUAUGACUUAACAGCCACUGAUAAUUUUUGGCAAAGGCACAAAGGCAGUCCCUUUCCAGAAGUAGCUGAAUCAGUCCAACAAGAACUGGAUUCUUACAGAGCACAAGAGGAUGAAGUCAAACACUUAAAGAGUAUCAUGGGGUUAGAGGGAGAGGAUGAUGGUGCUAUUAGCAUGCUUUCUGAUAACACUGCAAAACUUACAUCUGCAGUGAGCUCUCUCCCUGAACUUCUGCAGAAAAAAAGACUUAUUGAUCUUCAUACAAAUGUGGCAACGGCUGUCUUAGAACAUAUUAAGGCUCGAAAGCUAGAUGUCUAUUUUGAAUAUGAGGAAAAGUUGAUGAGCAAGUCGACACUGGACAAAUCCCUACUGGAUAUGAUAUCCGAUCCUGAUGGAGGUACCCCUGAAGAUAAAAUGAGGUUGUUUAUCAUUUACUACAUCAGUUCACCCCAGCCACCUUCAGAGGUUGACCUAGAGCAAUAUAAAAAAGCACUAACUGAUGCUGGAUGUAAUUUGGCUCCUUUAAAUUACAUCAAACGAUGGAAAGCAUUUACCAAAAUGGCAUCAACUCCUGCUAACCUUGGAGGCAGUGGACCAAAACCAAUAAGCUUGCUUUCACGUGUAAUGAAUACUGGCUCACAGUUUGUGAUGGAGGGAGUUAAGAAUUUUGUGCUAAAGCAACAAAAUCUGCCAGUGACUCGUAUCUUGGACAACUUAAUAGAGAUGAAAUCAAAUCCUGAAACUGAUGAUUACAGAUACUUUGAUCCAAAAAUGCUUCGUGGCAGUGAGAGCUCUGUUCCAAGAAACAAAAACCCAUUCCAAGAGGCCAUUGCCUUUGUUGUUGGUGGUGGAAAUUAUAUUGAAUAUCAAAACCUUGUUGACUACACAAAGAGUAAACCAGGUAAACAUGUAUUAUAUGGCUGCAGUGAGCUCUUCAAUGCUAGUCAAUUCCUGAAGCAGCUAUCACAACUUGGAUCUCAGAGUUAAGACCACCAUUGUUCUGUGCAUCUUCAUUGAAAGGUGGGGAAAACACGGGAGGCAAAUUUUAAUACAGCAGUGUCAUGCCAUACUUUAUUUACAUUAUUACUUAUGCUUAUUUGAUAAUUCUUGAUGCAAUUGGAUGUGAUUCCUGUCAUUUUAAUACCAAACUGUAUAUCAUGUAAUUGUUCAAAUAGUUGAAAUAAAUUUGAAAACAGAAAUCUUUAGAGUCAGUAAUUCCAAUUAAUACUAUAUUUCUUGCGAAGAUGGUGAGACAUGGAGGUGCCUUGCAGGCAGCAUGCAAAACUACUAACAACUCUACCAAAUAUGCUUUUUCGGAACUAUGAUCACUGCAAUCUGCAGCCUGUAAUUUCCCACUGGGAAGUCUGCUUUUGAGCUGUCUGCACGACCUGGCAUUUUUGUGGUAUCCUGAAAUAUUCAGCAAACUGGACUCUCGAAAAUACAGAUUAGGACACGAUGGCCAUUGCUGGAGCAUACUUGGGGCCGGACUGAAGCAACAAGGCUUGGGCCUGAGAGCAGAUAAUGAACUGAUGUUUGGCUAUUUAAGCACCGAGCCAGAUUAAAAAGAUUAAUUUGUCAAGGCCGAGAGCAAAAGAUAAACCAGUGUUCAGCUUAGCUCACUACUCUGGGAUGUUUUAUCCACUUCAGUGCUCAACUGACUCUGCAGCUGCAUCCUGAGGCUAUCGGCAUUCGCCUCAGCACUGUCCAUGACUCCACGGCUAUGGCUUGCAGCAUCAGCCUCCUGGAGCAGCUUCAGCACUGAACUAACUCCGUGGCUGUGGAAUUACUUAUAGGGCCUCAACAGUUCACAUUCUGUCUAUUGUGGGUUUGCUUUUUUUUUAUUAUUGAUUGCACAAUUUUUUCUUUAUUUUUCACACAUUGGAUGUAAGCUGGUCUUUGUGGGCUGGGGGUUUUCAUGAAUUCUAUUGUGUUUCUUUGUUUUGUGGCUGCCUGCAAGAAGAUGAAUUUCAAGGUUGUAUAUGGUAUACAAACUUUGAUAAUAAACGUACUUGGAAUUUCA